AUUUUCAGAUUUCUGUCGAGAACGGGUUUAUUUGGCCUGAUUUCUAGAACAGUACAACUGCAGAGGAAUAUGUCAAACCCCUCAAGUCUAGCCUGACAAACGAGUGUUCAGAUGGCAUGAUAGAUCGGACUUAAGGGUUCCUAAUAGCCCUAUAAGUUUGGGCUUCUAUGACUAAGUCCACCAUUUUAUCACGAGCACUAUCUUGCUUGGAGAAAAAGGCAAAAUCAAGUGAGUUCAGCUCCAUCUAAGCCUUCAUUUUCAUUCCUCAACUAGUCAGCUCCCACCCACCCAGCCAACCAACCGCCAUUUUAUCUUAAAUUGUCGUCAGUCUUAGUGGGAGUGGUAAUACAUGUUCUUUUGGUUUGGGUGUGAGUUUUGACUCGGAAGAGACCGACCAAACUGGUGCUUGUUUUCUGGUGGAAAAUGACCCUAAAAUCUAAUCUAUGUGUGCCAUCUACGACAAAAAUGGAUGCAUAAACUAAGUGCUUGUACACAUAUUGUACACAGCACCAGCAAGCGAGUCUCCCAUGGCCGCAAUACACUCAGGUCAAAGACAUUAGCAUAUGCCUCACAAAUCUACGAGGCAUAUAAAUGCAAACUAUGUGCAUGGGCACUUGCGUCCUAACAAUGAGCAUAAGGGAUUGAACACUGAAGACCAGAGCAAACCAAGAAAGGUUUCGUCCUCUUCUCCUGACGACUGUUUUGAAAGGGACGUUCUGAACAACCAUGGCAACCAAGUCAAGUUUCUUUGGCUACUCAAGACAAUACUGAUCUAUGAGAUCCUUCGCUUUCAACUGGCACACACACUCACGCUCCAGGGAGACAUCCGAAGGGAGAAAGUUGGCCAAAAUUUAGAGGGGACUUCUCGAUCAUCAGAAUGGAGCGUCUCACAUUUAUACUUUUUCUGGGUGGGAUAUUCGUGUGCCAAGGAUACGUGGACAAAUGCUAUUGUCCGGGAGAUACGGAUUUCAAUUUUGAUAUGGAACGGAAAAUGUGGGAAUUGAGGACUGAAGCCACGAAGGACUUUGAAGUGGUCUUUAAGCCUAGACCACAGAAGGAAGGUGUGCCUGAGAUCUCAAUUCUGAAGAAAAUGUUCCCUCAAUUGACCUUGAAGGAACUUAAUGAAAUGACCUUGGAGGGCUUCAAUAAGUACCGAGACGAUGCCAAAGACCGAGAAUCCGAAAGAAAGAAAAACAUGAACCAACACUCCCACUCCGGAGACAAAUCAAAAGAGAACACGCCAGAAAAGAAACCAGAAAGAGAAGGGACAAUUGAGGGAGAUUCCCGAAAAGAUGGAAAGCCAAACCCGUCUGAAAAUGGAGGUAAUAUGACAGAUUCAACAGGUCAGGGUAAAAACAUGACGUCACCCACAAACACCGACAAGCAGGACCAAGAGGGAUCGCCCAACAAGGUCCCAGAAAAAGAGCGAGAGAAUGAUGGAAGUUCCCAAAAGACCAGGAAGAAAAGACAAACCAACGGAAAGGAAAGUGAUCAACCUCCUCGCCCUCCAUCAGAUGAUCCACGAGAAGGAGAUUCCCGUCCCACGAAUCAAACUGAUCGUCCUCGAAAUGAAACUGGAGCAAAUGAUCAAAAGCCGAAGCCUAAAGAAGGCGGGAAUGGUCUCAAUGGAACAGAUGAUGCUCGUGAGCCACCAAAAGGAAGUGACAACAACCAAACCCGUCCCGGGAACAAUUCUACCGACGAUCUUAAGCCCAUGGAGGGUCAAAAACCACCUGGGGACACAAACUCGAGACCGGAUGGCAGCCAUCCUCAACCAGAGGGUGAUGGAACGAGGCCAAAAGAAGAUAGAACUGAGCCCAAACCAGGGGAGGGCAAACCUGAAGAUAAAGGAGAGCCACACGAAAAAAACAAAACUGAUACCGGCCAAAAUAAACCCACGACUGUUGUUGAAAAUGAAUCAAGAAGUAAUACAUCUAACCCUAAUAGUAAUAGAACACAAUCUGGUGGUCAACCCCCACGUGAAAGCUCGAAACCAGAUAAUGGGACCAAGAACCCCAACACAGACAGUGGUGCCACAAGGCCAAAACCAUCCGAUGGUUCAACUCCAAACCCCACCAAACCAGACGAAUCAAAACCAAAGCCCAAUGAAAUUGGUGGUGUCAACCAAAAGCCAGCGAAACCCAAUGAACCACAACCCAAGCUUAAUGAAACUGGGGGUGGCAACCAAAGACCAGCGACACCUGAGGACAGCCAGCCAUCGAAAGGCAGCGACAAUGCGGGAAAUGAACAAGGCUCUGACAAAGAAAGGCCUAGGCCCAAGCCCAAGCCUAUGAAGAAAGAUUCGGCUAAGCCUAUUGCCCCCAUUGGAGUUACUCCCGUGUCUGGUUCUUUAAAGCGAGCUCAGGCCUGUUCAUGCCCAGCGAAAGCCAAAAUUAUGAAGGAGCUUACGUUUGACCAAGUAGACCCUGAUCCAAUGCUGGAGGACACCACCAGUGAAGCAUUUGCCAAGUUUAAAAGUGAACAAGAAACCAUCUUGAAUGAGGCUUUAGGUAAAAAUGGCGUUUUAAAGGCCAAAGGAUUUGCCGGGAUCAACAUCCUCUCGGUCAGUAUUGGACCACAACCCGAUGUUUCAUCCCGGAGGAAACGAGAGACCAACGCCGUGACGGCACAAACUCAAUCUGAAUGCACUGGAUCCUGCGAUCCCAAUGAUCUUGACACGGCUGUAAAUGGGACGAGUGGAGUGAGUUCCACUGAUCCCGCCACGGCUGCGAGUCCUUGUUCCAAAACUAGCUUGACCGCCAUGACCAAUCCGCCUCCUAGUCAUUUGGUCAGUACUCUUGCCAAUGACGCCAUGAUCGACUCUUCGUUCUACCUUCAUUUGACUUGCAGUCGCUCUGGGUCCGAUGAGUACCGCCAAUACCAAGAAACAGCUCCAUUGACGGAUGACAGUCUGGAUAAUAAAGUGGGCGUGCUUUGUAAUGAUGGAGCCUUCGCGGAAAGGGCUUGGCCCGAUGAGACCAAUUGUCAGGUUGUGGAAACGUGUGCCAACAUUCCCAGUCCUCCAAACGCUUCGUUACUGCUUCCCCCAGGGUCCAAUGAAAUUGCUGGAGGAAGUUCAUUAUUUUACGUUUGUUCUGAUCCAGAGGCUCUUUUGAACGAUGGGAGUGGGUUGAAUAACUUCGAAAUAAAGUGUGAGGGAACCCAGCUCAAAGUGAACCGCAAUGGUUCCAUGGUGGAUUUUGAUCCAACCACUCACUUUCCCACUUGUUUGAGCCAAUGCAAAACGCUCUUCAUUGGCAACAAACAAUAUGCGCCGCGUGUUCAAAAUGGCACCACUCCCGUGAUUCGUGCGGGCGAGACACUCCCAUUUGAUUGCCCAAAUGGCAUGUAUGUCGAGAACAUGGCGUAUAAUGUAUCGAGUGUAGAUGGAAAUUGCCAGGCCGAUGGCAAAUUCCAAAUUGAAACUCGGAAAUGUUUCCUGAUUCCCUGCACCCAAGAGGAUAUUGAUGACGUUCCACCGGGGGACAAUAACGGAGAUAUGGUAACCACGGCCACGGGUGAAAUAAUGCCUGCCGAGUCCAUCUUUUUCAAGUGCUCCGAUCCGUUGAAGGUACCGAGCAACGGAAGGGAAGAAAUCGAGGCCUUGUGUAUGAAGGGUGGCAAUUUCUCCGUCACCAAUUGGCCUACAGCACCCUAUUGUCUACGAACUUGUUCCAACUUUCCCAAUAUCACCAAAAUGGCCGUCGUGGACAGAUCUCCGGUGUUAGAAGGCAGAACUGUUGAGUACAAGUGUAGAAACGCAAAAAAGAUCCCUGCCACUGGACAAAAAGUUCUGGUUCCUUGUGAGGCGGACGGCAAGUUCCAGUAUGAAGAUGCCGGGUUUCCACUCACAAAUUAUCCGGACUGUGUCACGGGCUGCGUUGUGUUCCCGACCAUUGAGCACUUCAAGCCCAAGAUACGAUUGCCAUUAUUGCCUGGAGCAUCGGUGGAGUACGAAUGUGAACGUAAUGGAUUUGUUCCUCACACUGACACGAACUUGGUCAUGGAGUGUCAAGGCAAUGGCACAUUCACCCCGACCACUGCGAUCCCUCAAUGUGUUCCAGUUGAGACUUGUCGUCAAAAGGAUUACCCUACACAUCCAAAUUACAUCGUUUUUGAUAACACCACUGUCAGCUAUAGACAGAAUCAAUUUCUUCAAAUGGUUUGUGCCAAUGAUGACCUCGUGACCGAGUCCCAGAACUUCUCUAGCGUCACUUUCGGUAUCAAGUGUACCAAAAAUGCCACUACUAACGAGUUUAAGUUUGAAGAAAACGUCCAAUGGCCGCGUUGCAUUCCGAAGAAAUGCAUUAAAGUCAUGGCCAAACAUCACAAUCUUACCAACACGUGUCAAUGUGGCUUUGACGAAUGCUCCGAGUACAUCUACAACACUAUUCCAAACCAAUGUCCCGAAGUGCCCACAGGUCCAUUCUGCAGUCUGGAGCCGUAUCAUGAUUGGUCCGGGGAAAUAGCGGAACUGUUUCAAGGUGAUGCUCCAACUGAAGUUCCAACAGCCUCCGAGCUGACCCAAUUGGCUGUUAUGGAAACAGAACUAGACAUGACUAUCGCUGAGAUUGAAGCCAUUCUCACUGCCGAACCCAAUACCACCACCCCGGCCAGACGAAAACGAAGCAAUGUACCUUUAAUAUGCUCCGAGUUGCAGGCCAAGGUUGUCAAAAUCCAGGACAUGUUGGCCAUUGGAGUCACCAACAAGGUGUUCCCCAUCUCCGAGGUGAUCCUACAAUGUAGUUUUCUUCGACGAUCAACGGUGACCAAAGAGGAUUGCGACGACGAGAAAGUGGAUCUUACUGGUUCGUUGACCACCCUGAAAGCCAAGGUGCAAGAGAGUAAGACAACCAUUGAGGAACUGAUUGAAGAUAACAAGGCUGCUGAGAUCCUAUGGGCGGAGGCUGUGGCUGAGGCUAAUGCUAAGGCUGCCAAUGAAACACAACAUCGGUUGGAGGAAGCCAAGACCUAUAACGGUAUUAGCGUGAGUUCCAACUCAACGACUAACAACACAGAAGAAACACCUCAAAAGAUGGACGAACAAAAGCAAAUGAAUGCAACUGAUGCAACCGAUGAAACCGUUAUCACAAACAUCGGCGGAACAGGGAACAGUGAGGAAGCCAAGAACAAAACGAAUAAUGGCAAUAACAAUGGUAACAACAUGAAAACUCGGAAAAAACGAGCGGCCUUCAUCAAGACACUAAUUCGCCAGAAACGUGGGCUUAUGUUCAGGUGUAACACUUCCAUGGUGUAUGGUAUCUCCUUUAAAGAUAUGCAUCACCCCGAAGGCAUCAUGGCCGAUCGAUGCUGUUGUCCCAAUUUUCAAGGCGAGUUCUUCAAGUGCAUGGCCACCAUUGAUUCACCAUGGAACAACGUGCUCUCAUCGGUUCGAAGCGCAUUCUUCAAGGAAAAGUAUAAGAUGGUGGAACAGGAGAUUCGGUUCCUGAUCAAGAGCACUAAUUACUCCGAAAUUGCCAUGAGUGGGCAGAUGGGAAACUUUUCCUUCAUUGGCCUAAACAACACUGGGAACAAGAUUGGAGCCGUGUUUCAUGUCGUUCUGAAAUGGCCUCAUUGGGACAACCACGUGCGAAUUGAGAACUCGUUCCUCAAAGCCGCCGAGAUGUAUGCCAAACAAACCGAGGAUGAGGAGCACAUCCUGGGAAAAAUGGUCCAAGGAAAAUUUGAAAGGAAUCUUUACGUUUUGGAGUCGGGCAAGAAAGGCAUUGAGUGCGUUAGGUCACCUUUUCCUGAUCCACCAGGCUUUGAUGCCAAGAAUGGAACCAAUUCUCUGACCAGUGAGGUCUCCAAAGAGGACGAGAACGGGUGGCUGGUAUUCGUGAUGGUACCUCUGGCCAUUAUUUGCUUCUUGGGUAUUCUCAUUCAUUUAGUGUUCAAGAGCAAAGCUUGCCUGAUAAGAUAUUGGGUUUGAUUUUGAUUCCUCUGUGACUGUGAUCCAUAAGUUGAAUAUUUUAACACGAAAGUGAAGACUUCACAAGCAAUAGGUGGACAAGUAAUGAACUAAAAUAAAUUAGAGCGCCAAUGAGAUAAAGUCAGAUUGAUAUACCUAUAUGGUGCCCUAGUUUAAGCGAAUCCAAACGCAGACGACAGAUGGCUUGUAAGUUGCUUUAGCGAAAAUAUGGGAGAAAUAUAUUCGAAGUAUUUUAUUCAUAAA